AUGUCAGCAACAAGGUCCGCCGCACCACAUUUGCGGCUGCUUCAGUCUCGAGCUCCUACGAGGCGACUCCUGCACUCGACUCGCAACUGUGCUUUCUCACCUACUGCCUCAACAUCCACAGCGACAACAUCCAGUUUGGCACCAGAAGCAGCAAACGCUUCUUCGUCCUCCUCCGCCAAGAUCAUUAGCUCGCUCAUUCUCUCGAGACCGCCGAUCAUUCUGCGUGAGCCAACAAGCUUCGAGAAGGCCUAUCAUGAGUACAACCGUCAACUUUCCGAGGCCUUGCAACAGCCUUUUCCUAAGGACUUUUACUUUAAAAAGGGAUCCGCAGCUGAGAAGCGUUUCGAGGAGGAUCAGGCGAGCGCGCCCCAAGGAUUCUCGGCCAUCGCCGCCGCCGUAUCCGGCUCUGUUCCAAAGGAAAAGAGCGGCAAGAACAAGGAAGCGACUGUUCCAUCCUCGAAUCUGUCAUCCCCUUUGGCGGAGGGCGAGGCCGACAGUCGGCCUCUGCCAAGAACCACACAAGCCGAUGCAAGCAAUGACGUUCGCAGCCUCGAAAGGAAACUCGACCGAACCCUGUACCUAGUGGUUAAGAAAAAAACCGGCAAAGGCGCUGCUUCAUGGCAAUUUCCGGCUAAGGCGCUCACUGACACCAAGCACGAGAACCUUCAUGAUGUUGCGCCUGCAUCUGUGACAGAAAGUUUGGGCAACAAGAUGGACAUCUGGAUGGUGUCUAAUCUUCCCGUUGGUCUGCUCAAGUCGACAAAUGCACCUGCUGAAAAGACAUACUUCCUUCGAGGACAUGUACUCGCUGGAAAUGCCGAGCUCACCAAGUCAAACGAAGGUCAAGUCGAGGAGUUUCAGUGGCUCACCAAGGAGGAGAUCGAGAAGCUCAUGGAGUCGCACUACUGGUCGAACGUUGAGGACCUUCUCGAUGCUUGA